UAUUUCCCUCACACAAGCUUCAAUUCCUCCCUCCUCUUCCCUCUUCUUUUUACUUCUUCCAUCCUUGUUAUUUACUCGUUUCUUUCUUUAUCCCCUUUAUCCUCUUAAUUCUAUUCGUUGAUUGAAUUAAGGCAUCUCGAGCAUCCGGCAUCAGGCAUCAAACACCUCCAGGCAACCAACAACUAAGGCGAUCCUCGUCAUAAUCGUGUUGACUCAUUCAUUCAUUUUUCUUGUGGGCCAUCCACAUCAUUCUACUAUUACCAUAAUUGUCCUGCAUAUACCUUGGGUGUAGCUCUCUCUUUCUCCAUCAUCUAGAUCCACUAGAGAUAUAUUUGAGAAAUCGGAUAGUUCAGUUACAUUACAUCACCUCACCUCACAUCACAUCACAUCACACGAGGUCGAGGUCGAGGUCGAGGUCGAGGUCGAGAUCGUCAAACAACUCAUCAUUUAUACAUACCAUACCAUACAAGAUGUCGACCCCAAAUUUGAAGUUUGAGCAAUCUCCAGCAGAGUCUCUCGCCGAAUCAUUUACCUCAACUCCUGGUCAACAAUAUACUUCAUUAUUUCAUCCACAUCAAAGUGCCGAGUCAAUGCAAGCCUUGACUCCACAAUCUUUCGAUGAUGAUAGCAUGUUUGGAGAUGAUAUGGGCGGCGAGAUGGGUGGAAGUUUAGCUGGUACACCUGCACCAGAAAAGAAACCGGUAAAGAAGAGAAAGUCUUGGGGUCAGCAAUUACCUGAACCCAAGACCAACCUACCUCCUAGGUAAUUAAUAUAAAUCUGUCGCUUCAUAACCCAUAACAUGAGCUAAUCAUCUCAUAGAAAACGAGCAAAGACAGAAGAUGAGAAGGAACAACGUCGAGUCGAAAGAGUCCUUCGAAAUCGUCGAGCUGCUCAAACAUCGAGAGAGAGAAAGAGACAAGAAGUCGAAGCUCUCGAAGCUCAAAAACAACAAAUCGAACGUAGAAAUCGUGAUCUAGAAUUACAAUUGGCGAAUAUGGCAUCUAAAUAUGAAGCAGUUCGUCGAAAGCUUGAACAAUUCACCGGUAUGACUGGCGAAAACAUUACAUCAACCUUCGUCUCCCCAUCCGUUAAUGCAACUCCAAAUCGUUCGGAAACUUUCCACGGCGAAUCUCCAAUCGCUCUCACGAAAGGAUUAUUUGAAUCAGAGGAUUCCUCGAUCCAGCCAUUGAUGACACCAAUUAGAGAUACUCACAAUACUAUGCAAUCAGCAAUGGGGACUGUUGAUUUAGCAUCCGUUUCACCUCCACCAACGGAAUCAACUGAUGAUGACUCAUUCCGCGCCAGUUCUUUCGGUAUGACACAACAUCCUGCCGCGAUGUUGUGCGACCUGCAGUGUCAACCGAAAGUACAACGGUCUUGGAUGAGUUCAGCUCAGGAUAUUCUAAUCACACAAGUUUUGGCCAAUAUCCUUUGGAUUCAAAUGAUGGGUUUGAUGGCCAUCUCGAAUAUCCUGAUUCCCUUGGAGCAGAUCAAACUUUCUUUAACGAAAGGGUCGGUCCUAUUGCCGACGCCUUCAGUAAUAACUUUGAUAAUCUGGCUGGUGACAACAUCGGCGCCGCUAACGAUUUCUUAUUCGAUGAUUUCAUUAACCAAGACGACCACCACAUUCUGCGCCCGAAGUUCACUCUUCGGAUUCGUUUGUUGAGAAGACUUUUAGCCUGCAGUCCCAACAUGGCGCGUCCUCUUCUGGAUGCGACGUUGGCGGCAAUGCGGUUAUGGUCUAAACAACAAAUAGCUGGCGAUUGUAUGAACGGCGCUGAUGUCUGUGAUCUUCGAUAUGGUGGUGAGUCUUCAAGUUGGGAAUCUUUAAUGACGUUGUCUUGGGCUAUUAAAGUUAUAAUGAAGGAACAGGCACAGACGUCGAAAAUAUCAGAACCGGACGCGGUAAUGAAUUUCGAGCAGUCUUUUGGUGACGAUUUGUUUGGAUUAAGAGAAUUUACUAGGGUGCAAGUACAUGGGAAAUCUUUUAUGAUGGAUGGUGGUGUAACGGGUGAAAAGUCCUUGGAUGGACAUUGGAGUAUGGCGUUGGAGGAUCAACAUAAAUCAUCCUCUUGGAGUUGACGAUAUCUUAGUCUAAGUUGGCGUGCUAGAUUUUUGUAUCAUUACUGUGCCAUCAUCAUUGUGCCAAUACAAUAAACUUUUUGUUUCACAAGCAAUAAUUCGU